AUCAUGUAUUCUAUCCUCAAAUCACGUGAUGAACUGGUGUAUGAACGAGGUCUAUCUUACGUGGGAGUCACAGGUGCGGAUAAGCUGGACAGACUCCUGGCCGGACCGCAUUAGGUUCGGUUUAAAACUCCGGCUAGAACCUUAUGGUUUGACUGCCAGUCUGAAGCUAACAAAUAAAAUGAGUCUCAGAAAGAGCAAACUUGACUUGCUCGUCCGCGUUCGGUACUCGAAUCCACUCCCCGCUCCUCCAUGUCCCCCCAAACUGCUUGAUAUCCCUACAAAUCCCUUACGCUAUGCGCAACCAGCCUUCAUCAAUGCCAUCACAAACGACACUCCUCUUCCUAUGAUUGUUGACGCCGAGUGCGGUAUGCCCCUGGACCUUGGACGGUGGGAGUGUCUAUGGGAAGAGAAUGGCGAUGAUGCCACACUCAAUCCUGACCUGGAAAACCUGCCUCCCCUCGACCCGAAGGACCGCUUCCUUCUCGGUGACCCCUCAGCGUCCGCAGCACCCUACACCAAUGGUGCAAUACCCGCGGCAUCAGGGACAUCGACACCUCUCCCUCCACACGUACCCUGGCUCCGAAAAACAGAGUACCUCAGCCGCGAAGGCGUGCAGCGCACUCCAUCAUCACAAGAAUCGAAACAACCCUUGCAACCUAUUGAUGUCUCACACGAGGCCCAACUCCGUACAAUCGAGGCCGGCUUCACCGCUUGCGCAUCCCUCGACCUGGCCACCCUGUCUCAUCCCAACAAGACUGGGGUUACCGCUGUUGAGUCCUACGAGGUGCUCCCAGACGCAGACAUAUGGGCGAAUGCAUAUGACUUGUUCCGCUUUAGCGAGCGGCCAGGCGAACGACCUGUAGACACAGAGGACCCAAGGCUGGACUGUGCAAUCCUGCGUCCGAUGGAAAGCGAUGGGGAUCACUUCCUGGCAUAUUAUCUAACGAAAGAGGACGCUGAUGCCGUAGAGUUUAAAGAGGAGCGAUUAGCACCGAAAAGCGGCGAAGAGAACAAAGCAACGGCAUUCCACUUCGUACGAGACUAUGAGACUGUCAAAAUCGAACAAGAAGUGCCCAAUGAAUUUUUACUUGUUCUUGACAAUGGAGACACGGGCGAGCGUGGGCCAGGCGCAUACUACAAGAAUAUUGAGCGCAAAAUGACGCUUAAGAAGAAGCGGAUGAAUGCAAGCGAUACCUAUGCAGACAAGUGGCAAGUUGUACACAUUUCGCACGUGGCCAUGAGCAGCGAGGAAAUCGAGGAGCGCAAUGAGGCUCUUGCGGAGGUUGUCGAUCCGCUGUACCUUUUCUCGCGCGACGCGGAGGGUGAAGUGGAUGCAGAUGGUGAAGUGGAUGUUGCGGGGAUAGGGAUAGGUGCAGAGGGUGGUGCAGAGGGAGAUGGGGGAAUUAUGGCUGAAAUAUUCUAGUUUGUGUGUACUGUGUAAACUAUAUUUGUUGUUAUACAGUCGAUUGCUGUUGCGGAGGAGGCAGAUUCAAAGGC